AUGGAGGUCAUGGAGGGGAACAAUGAGCCCUUCAGCCCUGGAAAACGCAAGAGAACUGGAUCAGCGUCUAGCGAGACGGUUGGGCUGCCUGAUCGUGUGAAACGCGAGAGGUCAAUGUCGAGCGAGAGCUUUGAGGUGAUUGAACACCAGACCAGCCCGACGGUCUUCAACGAGAACGCUAAGCCAGUCGAAUCAGAGGCCCAUCCCAACAACUCGGCUGCUAUUGAAACUGAGGUUUCCAACCUAAUCAUCCCAGGCGAUGGCGGCCCAAUCGAUUUCACCUCAAACCCGACGAGGGUUACGACCGAGAGCAAUGAGAGCACCAUGACGCCAAAAGAGCGUGAAGAGAAACGCACGAAGGAGAUACUCUACCUUCGACAUCGAUUGCAGAAGGGCUUUAUCAGUCGUGAUGGGCUGAAAGAAGAGGAGAUGGCUUCUAUGUCUGAAUAUCUCAAACACCUAGAGAGUCGCAAGAGCCUUGAAGCUGAAAUUUUAAAGGCGACAAAAAUCCACAAGGUUCUAAAGGCUAUCCUCAAGUUGAACUCUAUCCCUAAGGAGGAAGAGUUCAACUUCAAGCAACGUAUGGCGGACCUACUAGCACAGUGGAACUCAGCGAUAUUGUCUGUGGAACCACCCUCACAAGCUCCUGUAGAGAACCAUCAGAGGGAACCGGAAUCAUCUCUUCUGGGCGAACGGAUGGAUGUCGAUGUCCAGCACAGAGACGAGCCCACAGCCAGCGAUCAUGCAAUACACCAAGAGCAACAAUCGAUACUUGUUGUCUUUGAUUCGGCGGGCGAUCAAGAACUAAUAAUUCGCGACAAGGCCUGGGAGGCGGACAAGCGCGUGCUCGUCUCCUCGUCUCGUCUCCGCAAGAUUAGUCCGUUCUGGGAAUCCCUCCUGCAGCAUGCUACCAUAAAGCCCGUAUUAAACGGAGAAGGAUAUUCCUGGGAGUUAAUCCUUUUGUUGUUGCAUAUUGCGCAUGGCAACACGCACCAUGUUCCUGAACGGCUUCCUCUCGACAAGAUCUGGGAUGCUGCCUUUCUCUCCGUCGAAUACGACGCUGUUGAAUUGAUGAGGCCGUUUCUCCGCAAUUGGGCCUGGCCAAGAAUGCCAGUUGCGGUGAGCGAUGCAGAUGCUGAAGACAUGAUCGCUGGAGAGUUUAAUACCAAAGUAAAACUGCAAAAGGCAUGCCGCAUCAUCUUAGACAACGUGAGCCGGAUCCGCUCAGGCAUCAUCCAAGAGAUAAUCACCGUAUGCCACUGGUACGUUGAGCGCCUAUCCGGAAAUUGCUGCACGGCGGACCCUCCUUCCCGAUCUUGCGAAUCCCUAGCGCUUGGAUCUAUAAUCAAGGGUCUAAGUUCGGUGGAUCCUCCAUUAUGGCCUCAGCGCCCAGAUCCUCAACACCUUACGCUAAGCGUCCACGACCUCAUCCGAAAGCUCGGAGACGUCGUGAUCCUAACCGGACACGAGGAGGACUGCGACUACAAUAUGUACUUCCAUGAAGCGCUGGCACUCUGUCUAGGCUCCAACAACAGAAUCGGCGUGGUGACCAGGCUGGUAGCGUCAGUCUCCGGCUUCGUCACCCUCGAAGACGAGCACAAGGCCCAUUUCAAUAGCUUCAGCCUUAAAGCAUCCGAUUUAGAUCCGCUGAUCUGGAAGAGCAACGCCGUUGCGACGAUGGGCUUUGUAGAGCGGGACGCGAUUGGACUGGUUUAUGAAAUGCGUUACGGCGAGAUGCGACUCUGUUUCGCUGACGAUGAAACGUGGGGCUAUGACAGUGAAGAAGAAAAAGGGUGGGACGAGGAAGAUGGCGAGGAGGGUGAUGACGAAAUGGACACCGACGGUAAGGACGAUGCCGAUGGGAACGGUGGCAACAAGGAUGAUGCCGAUGGGAACGGCGGCGAGGAGGAGGACCCUCAUUGGGAUUCCGACUACUAUUCGGUCACGGAGCCCGAGGAGGAGUUCUUGGCAACGGACGAAGAGAGCGACUAUGCUCCUAAUAGUCCUGUGUGGAAAUAG